CGAAAGCUUAGCAGUCAAACGUGUGGUGUCACUGUCGGAAAACACAGGGAUACAAACAAGACUAGACUCCGUAACAGCUGGGCUGAAUCCCGGAAAAAGGCGGCGAAACGACGCCGGUACAUGCUGCUCGGCUGCCCGGUGAGAUGGAUGUCCGAGGCGGGCUAUAGACUUCAGAAGGGCUGAAGAGGAUGGGCCCAGUGUCCCGGUGCCUGAGGAGAUGUCUCUGGGUCGGCUCCUGCGGCGUGCCUCCUCCAAGGCCUCCGACCUCCUGACCUUUAACCCCGGAGGCUCAUCACUGCGCUCGGGCCUGGACGGCGAGAUCAUCUUCUCCAAAAAUAAUGUUUGCGUGCACCCUGCAGAGCCCCUGCCCGGCCUGGCAGAGCACCACCCAGGCUACCUGUGCGUGCACACGGAGAAGGACGAGAGCCUGGGCACCACCCUGAUUCUCACCUGGGUGCCAAACUCCCGCAUCCAGAGGCAGGACGAGGAGGCUUUGCGCUACAUCACGCCGGAGAGCUCCCCCGUACGUAGGAACGCACGCCGCCGAGGCCGACGACCCCAUCCCCGUCACGCAGCAGCCCAGGAGGAAGAUGAGGAUGAGGAGAGGAACAUUACCAGCAGCACCUCCACUGAGGGGGCAGAGGCCGGAGCGGACCCCUCCUCUCACCAGCAGCCGCUGCCCUCCGCGGGGGAGGAGGGCGACGAGGGCUCCUGCGAGCUGUCGGACGAAGUGAGUCGGGAUAGCACCAUGGGCUCGGACUCGGACACGUUCUCCUCCCCGUUCUGCCUGUCGCCCGUCAGCGAGGCCCUCUGUGAGAGCAGCGGCUCUGUGUUCCUGGACAGUGAGAGCAGGGAGCUGUGCGAGGAGUCCAUGAACCACUCUUUAAGCUCCGCCUCCAGUCUGGACAGCCACGCCCCCUCCGAGAGCAGCGGCCAAUCGCAAGCCGUGCGGUGGGAGGAGCAGCAGAAGGUGCUGGCUCUGGAGCAGUUGUGUGGUGUUUUCAGGGUGGACCUGGGUCACAUGAGGUCACUGAGGCUCUUCUUCAGUGAUGAGGCGUGUACCAGUGGCCAGCUGGUGAUCGCCAGCAGAGAGAGCCAAUAUAAGAUCCUCCACUUUCAUCAUGCUGGCCUGGACAAGCUGUCUGAGGUCUUCCAACAGUGGAAGUGCUGCAGGGAAACUCAGCUCAAAGACCAGGUGGCAAAUGAGAAAUCUUGCAUGCAGUUUUCCAUCCAGAGGCCCACCCUGCCUUCGGCUGAGACCCACCCCGAGGAGAAGCUCUAUCGACGGCUGGAAGUCACCACCUGGCUACGUCACCUCAACCACAAUGGCCAGGUGGAGGAGGAGUAUAAGCUACGCAAGGCCAUCUUCUUCGGUGGUAUCGACCCAUCCAUCCGUGGUGAGGUGUGGCCCUUCCUGCUGCACUACUACAGCUAUGACUCCACCUCCCAGGAGAGAGAGGCCUGGAGGCUGCAAAAACGCACCCACUACCAUGAAAUCCAGCAGAGGAGAUUGUCCAUGAGCCCGGAGGAGCACAGCGAGUUCUGGAGAAAGGUCCAGUUCACGGUGGAUAAAGACGUGGUGAGAACAGACCGCAGCAACCACUUCUUCAGAGGAGAGAAUAACCCCAAUGUGGAGAUCAUGAGGCGGAUUCUGCUCAACUAUGCAGUGUUUAAUCCUGACAUGGGCUACUGCCAGGGCAUGUCGGACCUGGUGGCCCCCCUGCUCACUGAGAUCCAGGACGAAAGCGACACCUUCUGGUGCUUCGUAGGCCUCAUGGAGAACACCAUCUUCAUCAGCUCGCCGCGGGAUGAAGACAUGGAGAGGCAGCUGAUGUACCUGCGGGAGCUGCUGCGCCUCAUGCUGCCCCGCUUCCACCAGCACCUCACCGGGCUGGGGGAGGACGGCCUGCAGCUGCUCUUCUGCCACCGCUGGAUCCUGCUCUGCUUCAAACGAGAAUUCCCCGACACCGAGGCUCUGCGCAUGUGGGAGGCCUGCUGGGCUCACUACCAGACAGACUACUUUCACCUGUUCCUGUGUGUGGCCAUCAUUGUUCUGUACGGGGAGGAUGUGUCAGAUCAGCAGCUCGCCACGGACCAAAUGUUGCUCCACUUCAGCAACCUCUCCAUGCACAUGAAUGGAGAGCUGGUGUUACGCAAGGCCCGCAGCCUUCUCUACCAGUUCCGCCUGCUACCCAGAAUCCCCUGCAGCCUACACGACCUUUGUAAACUGUGUGGCCCGGGGAUGUGGGACAGCCGCUACAUCCCCACUGUGGAGUGUUCUGGUGAACACCCGGACUCACAGAGCUGCCCCUAUGGAGGCACCUCCACCCCCCAGCCCUCCUCACCCUCCCUCUCAAUCACGCCUUCGCCCUCAACCAACCCCACCCCCACGCCGGAGGGCAAAAAAAUCUCCAAAACCAGGGAUAUUUUCACCUUCCGGAAACAGUCCUGAGGGCAGGGGCUUUGGGGAGUUUGGCUGGUCUUUGCCUCACGUUGGUUUGGAUCCAUCUGCUGGAACAAUUUGUCCCUCCCUCUGACUCCUCUCCCCCAAAGUCCCUGCUUCUACGAUCUUACUGAGGAUGAUUGUCACUUUUCAUGUGGUGCAAUGUUGAACCCUGCCUUACCAGAAUGUUAUUUGCAUCGUUCAGUAUCACAUGAUUCUGCGAUGAGGACGGUUUGCUGCUGGACGGGCAGCAGAGCAGGGGGCUGCUCUCCUCUUGGAGCAGGAUGGACAAUCACCGGGGAAUUGUUGCUCCGGGGCUACUUCAGGUUUGAGUCUGCUGCUGGCUUGGCAAACUUCCAUGGGCUUUGUGGGCAGGGGUCACAUCAGGGUCUGAGGCAAGCGGCCUGAAAUCGUGCGGACUGCUCUGACCGAGGGUCAAAUGUAACUGGAGAUUCAUUCACAGGACAUGAACUUGAAUUUAUGAAAAAUGUUCUCACAAUAGAAUACUUGUGUGAAUAUCAAAUUACAUGUGCAGAUCUCGAGUCUGAGCAGGACAUUUUUAACAAGAAAUCCAAACCCUCUGUGCUAACAAAGAGGGGUUGACCUACAAAUGAUAUUAUAAGAAAUGAAUGGUACUUACAUUUUUUCUUUAAUUUUGUUUUUAAACAAGUGAAUGUUUGCGUUUAUAUCAGCAAUUACAAAUAUUUAGCAAUAUUAUAGCCUUGCAUGAGCAACUCCUCGACAUAUAGAGGGCACAACAUGUUUGAUGGAAAACACACAAGCCCAAAACAGAGGUAAGAAUGUGUUUACAGGACAAACACUCGCAUCAUGACAGGGCUCUGCAUAUAUCCUCUUUCCUAUCAGAUUAAGGAAAGGAACAUUCUCAUAAUAUCACUCCGUUAAAAAAUAGUUUUCCCGUCAGGCAGGAGGAAUCCAGGCAUUUGUUUCCUUCUGGUAAGUCAGACACAAAUGUUCUCGCUACCUGUUGAGACAGGAGCUUAAUCAUUUCCCACCCUAAGAUAUCAUUUCAAGCGUGUUGAGGUAUUGAAUUCAAUCAAUCAAUGUUUAUUUAUAGAAUUGAUAUGACAGCGCUGUCAGCCAAAGAAAGAAUACAUCAUGUUUUUAUCCUGACAGAAAAAUAGACAGCUUUGUGUUUUACUCGAAGACUUUUCUUCAUUUUUAGAAAGGCUUGUGAAAAAUUGACAGCACAGUGUUUUUAUUUCCCUUCAGUGUUCUCUUCACUUUCACCUUAAAAGCGAAUGACAAAGCACUAUCAACACUCAGAAUCAGUCCACAUGAAUGUAUCCGCUUUUUGUGUUUCUUCUCACUCACCAGGGUGAAACUGUACGGUGUGUGAGAGCGAGUGUGUGUAUAAACUGGAGUGACCUCCAAACAUCUGGUAAUGAGUUGGAGAACAGCCGUAGAGCCCCCCCCCCUGACCAGUCUCUUUAAUUACAGCUGUGAUCAUAGGGGGGGGGGGGGGGAAAGAAGAAAAUUGGGACUCUUUAGAGAAAUACAAUGGGGCAGAGGGGAAAGGGACGAUUUAAGCUUCACAGGGGGAUAGAAAGUGAUCAGCAUCCUGCCUCUGUGAUUUGCAAGUCCCAGAUGUAAAGAUGGUCUCCCCUCCGAGGCUUUUGAGUGACACUCCUGGGGCUGAAAACAUCUUCAAAUUGCUGCUAAAAUGUAACAUUAAGACCUUCAAUCAGCAACC